GUCAGAAAGUUGAAUCACGAAGUAAAAUGCAAGAACCUCUUUUUCAAGCUUUCUUUAUCUUCCAUCGUCGUCAUCUCUCCCUGUUUUUCUUCUGAUUUCUCUCUGAUCAACUUCUACCUACCAAAAUUUCCACACGUUACCCCUACCUCCAUCUAACUCUCUCAAACAUAUAAAAACAAGCGACAGAUCUCUCCGAUCGUUCUUCUGCCAGUCAAAUUUUUUCCUCCUGCAGUUUCUCACAACCCAACUAAAAAUCAAAUCUUUUGCAUAUCCCCAGAAGCAAAAUAUCUCCUUUUGUUCAUCACAGUUUCUUGAUGGCAUCCCCGCAGAGAAGAUUCAUGGUGCAGAAGCCAGUACUGGUGGACGUAGGCUGUGGCUGCCGGCGAUCAAUUUUCUCUACUCUGUUCUCUUCACCGUCCUCCUCAUCCUCCUCCCUGAAACAGAGGAUCCCCAAAACUCUUAGCUUUUCAUCUCUCUCAUCAACAACCUCCAGCCCUGCCGCCACAGCCUCACCGUUCUCUUCAUCGUCAUCGCCGGCGAAGCAAGAGACAAGUGACCGAAAGGGAGGAAAGCAGAGUCGGGCGGUGAAAAGAAGAAAGAGAACGAAGAGGAACGGAGUGGUGGAAGAGAGCGUGGCGGUGGUGAAAGAGUCGCUGAAUCCUUAUCUUGACUUCUAUGAAUCGAUACUGGUGAUGAUUGUGGAGAAGGAGAUGUAUGGUUGGGAGGAUCUCUGUCAGCUUCUUCACCAAUAUAUCUCCCUCAAUUCUUCUGGGCAUCAUGAUAUCAUUCUUCGCGCAUUCGCCGAUAUCUGGAAAAAUGUUUUCUUGCCGGCGGCGGAAGUUGCCGGUGGAUAGCUGGCGGAUCGUUCGGGUAAUUGGAAGAUGACUUCAAGUUAUAGGAUAAAUUAAAAAUAUGUUUAAGUAAUCUGUAUGAUAUUCCUACUGAUACAACAUAGUUCCUUUCCAACUGUGUGUGAAAUUUCAGAUGUGAACAAAGCUGCGAUCU